UCUUCUUCUUCAUCAUCAGUAAUCUGACUGUUGACCUGUUUGCCUUCUUCAUCCCACUCCUCGUCUUCUACCUCUCCUUCAUCUCCAUGGUGAUCUGCACCCUACGCAUCUUCCAGAACAGCAAGGCGUGGGAGAACUUCAGUGCCCUAACAACCCUGCUGACCAGGUUUGAGCCUGGCCUGGACGUGGAGCAAGCAGAGUCUAACUUCGGCUGGAACAAUCUAGAACCCUACCUCUACUUCCUGAUAUCGGUGUUCUUCAUCGUCUUCUCCUUCCCCGUCGCUGAUAAAGGGUGGAUCCCCUGCUCAGAGCUGUCCACGUGUCUAUAGCCAUCUUGUUCACGGU